ACCGGGCCACCGCGGCUCCGGCUCCUCGCGCUCCGGGCACGCCCGGUCAGUGAGGAGCGCAGCAGUGGCUCGGCCACUACCUACCGCUCCGGACGCAGUCAGCUGUCGCACUCGUCGCUGAGCCGAAACAACAGCAACCAGAGCGCCGGGACCGGCACAUUCAGCCUCAGCACCAGCUGCCAGCAGGUCCGGGAGGUCCGGACACCUCCGCGGGGACGUUACGAUGAGCCGAGCGAAGACAGCGUCGGCUUCGAAGCCUACCAGGGAAUAAACGAGCGCGAGAUGAACAGCCUACACAAGCGCAUCCCUGGGCUGCGGCGGCACGACCCCAAGACGUCGACCAUCCGGCAACACUACUACCCGGAGGGUGGCUGGGGCUGGGUGGUGUGCGGCUGCGCCUUCCUCGUCCACCUGGUGAUCGCUGGCUUCCAGCUCAGCUACGGCGUCCUGCUGCUGCACGUGCUGGCCGCCUGGGGCCGCGAAAGCUACAUGAAGGCCGUCUGGCUGGGCAGUCUGAACCUGAGCGUCAGCCUGCUGGUGACGCCGGCCGUGGUCGGCUUGUGCCGCCGCAAGUCUACCCGCCUGACAGCCGUGCUGGGCGGACUGGUGGCCGCCCUCGCUUGUCUCUUCACCUCGUUCGCGCAGCAGCUGCAUCAAGUCUUCCUCAGUUACGGCGUCGUAAUGGGCAUCGGCGUGGGUCUGACGCGGGAGACGUCUGACCUGAUGACCGGCCAGUACUUCAAACGGCGCCGCGAGUUUGUGGAGAUCAUCGUCCAGUCUGGCGCCGGCAUCGGGCUCACGCUGGUCUCCACCAUCCUCCGGUACAGCUUGGGGUACGUGGACCUGGCUGCUACAUCAGCAUUGGGUGCUGACGCAGUGGGCGGGUACGCUGGACCUUAA